GUGCCGUCGUUACAUGUGUGAGGAAUAGGGAAGGGGGGAGGCUGAUAACUGGGCACCCAAAAGCGCUGCGCUCCGAUGGGGUCGACGGGGAUGAAAUGAAGAUGAUGAUGAUGUCUAGCGUUUACUCUCGACGAUGACAACGCUCUCCUUUACUUGAAGUUUGAACCCAUUGGGUAGAAGACUCUCCUCCAUGCCCACCCUUCCUUUUACCCAAUCCAGUCCCUGCGACCCAGCGACUUUCCCCUCCUACUUUCUCCUGCCACUGUUGUUCCACCCGAGACCACGUCCUGCUGCUUCAGCCAAACACACCCAAGCCAAGGAUUUUGAACAGCACAUACUAAGAGCCAAUCAGGAGCCUUGAAGCCAUUCAGGAAAUAGCAACACAACUCAUGAAUCUACCUGAGCAUUGAGGAAAAAGUAAAGGAAAGAAAGCUGUGGAUAAUAAACUCAUUGUCAAGAAGACAACUCAGAUAAACUGGCAGCACGUGUCCACCCUCGAAGAAGAGCACAGCAAUUAGGAGUUUCCACCAAGAAAGCGUGAAUUGAGGGUGAAUUCAAACAGACACUAACUGAGGGACAAGAUAUAGAGGAAAAGAAAGAGAGAACAACUGCACGCAUAAUAUAACAUAUCUGCAAUACUCACAUUCCCUCACACAUUACAGACUGUUAAGGCACACGUUCUUUCCACAGACCACACGCUACACCAUCCUAGACACCCGCAUAUGAAUGACAAGUUGUUUUAUCUCUUUACCAUAGGCUCUCAGGCACGCAAACACCGUCAGAUUCGCGGUCCCACACUGUGAUUCUCGCAAGUUCCUCUUUGCAAACUUGUAGGGCCAAGACAUACACACACUCGCCCUUAAACUCUCGCACCUGUUCACGGCCUCAAGAUGAUGUGUGAGGUGAUGCCCACCAUCUCGGAGGACGGGCGGGGUGGUGGUGGAGGAGGCCCGUCCUCUCCUGCCGGAGGUGGUGGGGGUAUGGGGGGCGGUGCAGGGGGCAUGAGUGGUGGCUAUGGGGGCCGGGAGGCCCGCGGUGGAGACGAGGGCGGGAGCACUGGAAAUCUAGAGUCUCUGAUGGUGAACAUGCUGACGGAGAGAGAGCGGCUGCUAGAGAGUCUCAGAGAGACCCAGGAGAGUCUCGGCACGGCACAGCUACGUCUGCGAGAGCUGGGUCACGAGAAGGACUCGCUACAGAGACAACUCUCCAUCGCACUGCCUCAGGAGUUUGCAGUGUUGACCAAAGAGCUGAAUGUCUGUCGGGAGCAGCUGCUGGAGAGAGAAGAGGAGAUUGCUGAGCUCAAGGCGGAGAGGAACAAUACACGGCUCCUGCUGGAGCAUCUGGAGUGUCUCGUGUCUCGUCACGAGCGCUCUCUGAGGAUGACUGUGGUGAAGAGGCAGGCUCAGUCUCCUGCUGGAGUCUCCAGUGAGGUGGAGGUGCUCAAGGCCCUCAAGUCCCUGUUCGAACACCAUAAAGCCCUGGACGAAAAGGUGCGUGAGAGAUUGCGUGUGGCUUUAGAGAGAGUUGCUGUUCUAGAGGAAGAGCUGGAAACAUCCACAAAUGAGGUUCUGUCUUUACGGGAUCAGAUUAAAAGGAGAGAGCGGGGUUUGGACAAUGGAAAGGAGCGGCUCCCGAAUGGCCCCUCCUCCAUCUUGGAUGAUGGCGAGAUUGACAGACAGAGAGACGGAGAGAUAGAGAGACAGAGAGCAGAGCUUUCACAGUUAAAAGAAAGACUGGCACUCAUGUGCAGACAGGUUGGAGAGAUCGAGGAGCAGCUCACUACCGCCAGGAGGGAAUUAACUAAAUCUGAGGAAGCCAAUCAGAAGCUUCAGAGGGAUGUGAAAGAGGCGCUGUGUCAAAGAGAGGACAUGGAGGAAAGAAUCACCACCUUAGAGCGCAGGUACCUCAGUGCCCAGAGGGAGGCAACCUCUCUCCAUGACAUCAAAGACAAGCUGGAGAACGAGCUUGCCAGCAAAGAGUCUUUAUACAGACAGAGUGAAGAGAAGAACAGGCAGCUCCAGGAGCGUCUAGACGAUGCUAAACAGAAGCUGCAGCAAACCCUCCAGAGGGCCGAGACGCUGCCCGAGAUCGAGGCUCAGCUCGCCCAGAGGGUGGCGGCACUCAACAAGGCGGAGGAGCGUCAUGGCAACUUUGAGGAGAGACUGAGACAGUUGGAGGCACAACUUGAAGAGAAAAAUCAGGAGCUACAGAGGGCGAGGCAGAGGGAGCGGAUGAAUGACGAACACAACAAGCGUCUCUCUGACACGGUGGACAAGCUUCUGUCAGAGUCCAAUGAAAGACUGCAGCUGCACCUGAAGGAGAGAAUGGCUGCCCUGGAGGAGAAGAACGCUCUCUCUGAGGAACUCGCUAACAUGAAGAAGAUCCAAGAUGAUCUCUUAGCGAACAAGGAUCAACUGAUUGCAGAGCUGGAGAGGAUUCAACUAGAGCUGGACCAGCUGAGAGGAAGACCGGGUUCCUCUUACUCACGGUCUCUGCCAGGAAGUGCUCUGGAGCUGAGGUAUUCCCAGGGAGGUGGGUCACUUCCUGCUGGCUCUACCACUCACCUAGAUCAUUAUGGAAACACAGGCACAGGAGGCGUGGUCAGACGGGCUCAUCGUGGACGCUGGGGCGGCACAAGGGAGGACGCUAGCAAAUACGGCGACUGGGACAACGGAGCUUUGCUGGGCACUGGGUUCGAGGGCGGCGUGGAGGACAGGUGUUCUGAUGAUGAAGAGGAUCGUGAGAUGCUCUUUGGAUCGGAGCUGCUCUCACCAAGUGGCCAGACAGAUGUGCAGACUCUCGCUAUCAUGUUGCAGGAGCAGCUGGAGGCCAUCAACAAAGAGAUUAAGCUGAUUCAGGAAGAGAAGGAGAGCACAGAGCUUCGUGCUGAAGAAAUCGAGAGCAGAGUCAGCAGUGUGGCUCUGGACGGCCCUCCAGUGCCCCCGACCUCUCUAGGGCGGGACAGCACAGGCCGUGGCUUCAUCCCCCCAUCGCUCACAUCCUCCACCCUGGCAUCGCCCUCUCCACCCAGCUCCGGGCACUCCACUCCCCGCCUGCCCCACUCCCCAGCGCGCGAGACAGACAGACAGAACAACAAAGAUGACGACAGGUCCUUGGCCCUUCUGGAUUCCACCCCUCCUCCCACCCCUCGUGCACUGCGAUUGGACAGGAUGACACACACUCACCCUGGUGCAAUGUUGGAUGACAGUCGCGAGUUCCGCAGUCUCUCAGCUGAUGGCAGCAGCUCAAACAGCAGCCAGGACUCCCUCCACAAGGCCAGCAAAAAGAAAAGCAUCAAGUCUUCCAUCGGCCGGCUCUUUGGGAAGAAGGAUAAGGUCCGAAUGGGUCAGCCUGGACGUGAGUCAGCAUCUCUGGCCUCGACCCCCUCAGAUGACCUGGGCUCUGUGGAUCCCCUCGGACUCACUAAGAUGGCCGGUCCGGUGGACAAGGACCGUCGCAGCAAGAAGAAGCAUGAGCUGUUGGAGGAGGCAUGCCGACAGGGGCUACCCUUUGCAUCUUGGGAUGGACCCACUGUUGUCUCCUGGCUGGAACUGUGGGUGGGCAUGCCGGCAUGGUACGUGGCAGCCUGUCGUGCUAACGUGAAGAGUGGGUCCAUCAUGGCUAACCUGUCAGACACAGAGAUCCAGAGAGAGAUCGGCAUCAGUAACCCUCUGCACCGCCUCAAACUGAGACUGGCCAUUCAGGAGAUGGUGUCCCUGACCAGCCCCUCGGCCCCAGCCAGCACACGCUCCUCAACCAGUAACGUGUGGAUGACCCAUGCUGAGAUGGAGUCCCUGACCGCAGCAACCAAACCAGAGCUGAAAGAGAUUAGCUGGGAUCAGUCCAGCCCUUGUGUUUCCUGUCUAGAUGUGAUGGUGUGGUCAAACGAGCGUGUGAUGUGCUGGGUGCAGUCCAUCGGCUUGAAGGAGGAUGCAGAUAACCUGACUGAGAGCGGUGUGCAUGGUGCCCUGCUCGCCCUGGACGACACAUUUGAUUACACUGACCUCGCCCUGCUCCUGCAGAUACCCAAUCAGAACACACAGGCACGACAACUUCUGGAGAAGGAAUACAACUCUCUCAUCGCCAUGGGAACAGAGAGGAGGCCAGACGAGGAUGGCACUAAGACAUUCACCCGCUCCCCUUCAUGGAGGAAGAUGUUCCGGGAGAAAGAUCUGAGGGGCGUGACCUCUGACUCCUCAGAGACCUUGCCUGCUAACUUCCGUGCCUCAGCCAUCUCUACCCCCUCAGUCACCCUGAGGAAGGUCCAGAGCGAUGCAUCUCCGAGGGCAGAGUCUGGCUCAGUGAGGACCUACUCCUGUUGAGGGACUGCAAAGGAGGCGCCGUUGUCAGAGAGCUGGAACCGGCUUUACACUUCAUUCACGGGGAGGAGGGGGGAUAAGCAGAAAAAAGCAAUGAAUAUAUACAUUUAUAGAUAUAACUCUACUGGUCUGACCAUUCUGCAAUAACAGAAGAGGGAUGGAGAAAGAGCAAAAAAAAGGAUAAAAGACAUGAAGAAUGUACGACACAAGAGAGUGGUAAGAAAUGGGAUGGUUGGAGGAAUCGGAUGACUGUUUAAUCUUUCUUUCUGUCGUUCUCUCUUCUCACUUCCUGUGUCUGUGCUGAUGGGACAUCUGUAGAUGAACUCUCUCGUCUUUCCAUCCUUCAUUUCAAUGGCGCUGCCCGCAGCCCUCGUUCCUCAGAAAGGCUUUCGUUGACCGCCUGCAAUUGGUCUCUUGAGUCUCUCGAUAGCAAAGGAUGUUUGUGGCAACUCAACCUGGACUUCAGGGAUGUUUACAUACGGUAAGGUUCAGAGGAAGUGUACUUAAGAGCACAGUCGAGGGGCCAGGCUGUGUGAGGCCAAGACUUCGCUGUACGUGUUUCUCAAUCAGCACAAGCUGAGAAAGACCGCAGCGAGAGCUACGUGCGAGGCUGCCAAGGGCACAAUUCUUGCUCAGUUCCUACUAGGUGUUUUUUUUUUUUUAUCUUCAAACAUUUAGAUUAAAGACUAAAGGUCAGCAGAGAGAGUCAGCAAAUGAAGGGAAGCUGGUGGUGGCAGAUAGAUAGAUGCUUGCGGACAAAGCAAGUGACCAGCAGACACGAGUCCUGAUGGACAGAAUCAUUCUAACAACGCAAGCCAUAAAAAGACAACAAGAGGUGAACCGAGGAGGAGGAGAAA